CUCCGGCCCACACUCCAGUAAAGCAGGUGGCGGAUAUGCAGCUCAAACGUACGUUGCCACCGACCGUUAAAAAGUGAAAGAAGAAGAAUUACGUCACAUGAUCACGUCAAUAUGGUGGACAACGGUCGAUCGCAUGCAUGCUACACCCAUUCAGGCAAAACAGUACGUACCCAUUAAUCCCUCGUAAAGUACCUACUUACUGAUAUUAAGUACCUACUCCCUGAGUUGCCAUUUAGGACGCAGCCCAUCCUUUCUAGGAGAAGCGCUUGAGUCAGAAGCGCCCUUUUUAUUUAGUAUACAUCGUGUAGUAUGCAGGAAGCAGCGGGUCUGUACGUGAGCAUUUCGCUCACUGUUUUCCAAUAACGGGACGGAGGGGGUGGGAUGAGCCGCACGUGACGUUAACGAUCCUGUUAAAACACAGAGCUUCUGCGCACCGCCCCAGACAGUCAGUCCGCGCGCACAGAGGGUCAGAGCCGCUACCGCCGCACCUCCUGCAGACACCGAAACCCGUCUCUCAUUUAUAUCAUAUUCCGUGUGUUAUACCGGAGAGAACAAUGAUCUGAAGACACCUAGACGAAAGAUUCUUGAAUGUAAAGCCAUUACAUUCAUCUAUUAAGCGCGCGUCAACGUCCGCUUUGGUUUUCUCGCCUCCGCAGUCGUCUUCUCUUUAAGAGAUAUAAGUGCUCAUGCGAUUCUUCAGACUCACAUUUAAGUGUUUCGUGGAUUGUUUUUGAAGGUGCUGUUUAAAUCCAGUGUCAUUUUCGUUUGCGACCUAUUAUUUGUUUUUCAAACGCGCAUUUUGAUUAAUAGACCCCAAUACCGUUGCCAAAUCGCAGAGAAAAGCUCACUGCCAUCCCGCAAUAAAGGCUUGACAUUGAGGAGAGGAAAAUCGUUCUUAAAGAAUAACACUGUUGAUUUUUUUUUUUAUUAUUAAAAAGGAUAAAGGACCAGAUCCUAACAGGGUCGUCUGACGAACAAAACGGACAUCUUGGUGUGAAUAAGAGACUUAGGAUAAAAUAAUAAGUCAGAGAUAUCAAAUAUUUAUUUUGGUUAAAAUCCUUGUGGUGACAAGGUCGAGGGUUGCUUUUGUUUACAAGUGUGAUGGAGAAGACCUCUUUAGACGCAGAAUGCUGCGCCCUGAGCACUGUCCUGGUGGAGGAGAAAAAGGGUCAUCUCAUUCCCAAUGGAAACGCGCAUCAAGGCGUCAAUGGGAACCUCAUCGGAGGGGCCAACGGGGUGCCUAUCUCGGCGUCCCCUGGAGCCAUAACAGCGGCGGAGAGAGCAGGUUACCCCGAGCGAGAGCAAUGGACCAGACAGAUGGACUUCAUGAUGUCCUGCGUGGGGUUUGCCGUGGGGCUGGGGAACGUCUGGCGCUUCCCGUACCUAUGCUACAAAAAUGGUGGAGGGGUGUUCCUCAUUCCAUAUGUGUUGUUCAUAUUUCUGGGCGGCAUUCCCAUAUUCUUUCUGGAGAUUGCGCUGGGUCAGUUCAUGAAAGCUGGAAGCAUCAACGUGUGGAACAUCGCCCCACUUUUUAAAGGACUUGGUUACGCCUCAAUGGUGAUUGUGUUCUUCUGUAACACGUACUACAUCAUGGUCCUGGCCUGGGCUUUCUAUUACUUCAUAAAGUCCUUCAACGGUACGCUGCCCUGGUCCACCUGCGACAACCCGUGGAACACAGAACAUUGCAUUGAGAUCUUCCGCCACGGCGACUGUUAUAAUGGAACCAUUGGCAACUCCUCAUUUGGCAACCUGACGUGCGAGGAGCUCGCAGCGGGCCGUUCGCCUAUCAUUGAAUUUUGGGAGAACAAAGUUCUGAACAUCUCAGAAGGACUGGAUAAGCCAGGUGCUAUGAACUGGGAGAUGACGCUGUGUCUAAUGGCCGUGUGGGUUAUGGUGUACUUCUGUGUGUGGAAGGGCGUGAAAUCAACUGGAAAGAUUGUAUAUUUUACUGCCACAUUCCCAUAUGUGGUCCUGAUCAUUCUCCUGGUGAGGGGCGUUACUCUGCCCGGCGCUUAUGAUGGCAUCAUGUACUAUGUCAAACCUAACUGGUCCAAGCUAGGAGAACCGCAGGUCUGGAUCGAUGCAGGCACUCAAAUCUUUUUCUCGUACGCUAUCGGCCUCGGGGCUCUCACCGCCCUCGGCAGCUAUAAUCGAUUUAACAACGACUGCUAUAAGGACGCAUUUGUACUGGCUUUUAUCAAUAGUGGCACCAGUUUCUUUGCUGGUUUCGUGGUAUUCUCCAUCCUGGGUUUCAUGGCGGCCGAGCAGGGUGUAGACAUCUCUAAAGUAGCUGAAUCAGGACCCGGUUUGGCAUUCAUAGCGUACCCGAAAGCCGUGUCUAUGAUGCCCGUGGCUCCGGUCUGGGCCGCCCUGUUCUUCAUCAUGCUGCUACUGCUGGGAUUAGACAGUCAGUUUGUCGGUGUGGAGGGCUUUGUGACUGGUAUUCUUGACCUUUUCCCUGGAACGCGUUACAUGCGCUUUCAGCGUGAAAUCGCGGUGGCGAUCUGCUGUUUAUUGUGCUUCAUCAUUGAUCUCUCCAUGGUUACACAGGGAGGGAUGUACGUCUUCCAGCUUUUUGACUACUACUCAGCCAGUGGAAUGACCCUACUGUGGCAAGCAUUCUGGGAAUGCGUGGUUGUCGCGUGGGUUUAUGGUGCUGACAGGUUCAUGGAUGAUAUUGCUCGUAUGAUCGGUUACCGGCCAUUCCCAUGGAUAAAGUGGUGCUGGUCCUUUAUAACUCCAUGUGUUUGCAUGGGUAUCUUCAUAUUUCACCUGCUGAACUACAAGCCUCUGACCUACAACAAUGUGUACGUGUACCCGUGGUGGGGAGAGGUGAUCGGAUGGUGCUUGGCUCUCUCCUCCAUGCUCUGCAUCCCUGUUAGCCUGGUGUACAAGCUCGCGGGAGCCAAGGGAACAUUCAGAGAGCGCUGGGAUCAUCUGACCAAACCAGUGUGGGGGAACCAUCAUCUGGAAUACAUGGCCCCUGACAUUGAUAUUAAAAGCCUUGCCUCUCUGUCUCCUGGAACUGAAGAGAACAAGGUGAUCAUUUUCGAGAGUGUUAUGUAAAUACAAAUCAAAGGGAAAGCCUUCAAAACCCCUCCUAAGGCAAGCUGGUUAAAGAAAUCAUCAGUAUUUCACAGAGUUGUGACCAUUUCUACAGUCUUAAUACAAACGUGUACAUGAUCAGAUUAAUUUAUUCGUUCACCAGUUCAGACUACACACUAAACAAUGUUUUGCACAUAUCAACACCUGGAUGGGUUAAAUCCGCUUGUCUUUGGAGGGCAAAGUGUCUAACCUGACAACUCAUAGUUUUGUGCCUGGGUUAACCUGGGAGUAGUACAUCAUUUCAGAGAACGGGGCACAAUUCCCACAGGCCGGUUUACUGAACGUAAGGGUCUCUAACUUUAUGAAAAUUAGCCAUGUUUUUAAUGCAAAAAAAAGGUUACUAUGUUAACCAUGGUUCAUUUGUGGUAACCAUAGUUUAUUCAAAAAUCAUGUUUAUACAAUACAAAAACUUUAACUAUGAUAAAAUCAUGGUUAAUUUUCAUAAGGGCUUGCAUUGACACAUAAAACAAAUCCUGACCAGAAUCACACGCUUACAAGUGUUCAAACGACCUGCAAAUGUUUUUUUAAAAAUAUAACAACAUCCAAAUGACUACAAUCUUAUGGAGAUUAAAUCAACUAAAAUAAUGUUACAAUAAAGAAAUAUGAAACAUAUACUUACAGUAUUUUACUGAUCAUUCAAAAGAGAGUCUAAAAAAAUUGAACUGAAUGUGUCAUUGCAGAUUUACGGCCACCAGUACUUGCCAAACACUGAAAAUGAAUUCUUGUAAAGUUUCAGCUUUUGCAUGAUGUGUCUUCAUUUAAGACAGGUGACCUUAAUACUCGAAAGAUAUCAUCGUGUGCCAAACAGAGCAAGAUUCUCCAUCUCUGUCUGCAGAAGAUGGUUUUGGUUGCCAUAAAAUCUACCUAGUGAUUUGUGUCUGGAAACCUCUAGAGAGUAUUGUUGACAUGACGGGAACGUUUAAAUAAGAAAAGUGGCACUUUCUUAAGGUGCUAGUAAACCAAAAGUUGCAUUUUGUAAGUAUCAAUUUCAAGUUGGGGCUCAAUAUUUAUAUAAGUGCCAGUAUUAUGAUGUUUUCAGAUUUUUUUGUAGGAUUUUAAAUUUUUGUUUAAAAAGAGCAAUGCAAACAAAACCAAAAAAAACGAUGUUAAUAUGUAGCUUUAAAUAACAGAAAUGAACAUAUUUCACGGUUUAAAAGCACAUUGUCUCGUCUCGACUUGAAAGAAACAAACCCCAAAAUGUUAACAAUUUGACAACGUCAAAAAUAUCUUUCUUAGAAACAGCAAGUUAUUAUUUCUAUUAUUAGUAAUAUCUUUAUUAUUUUUGCCAAUGCUCAACACAAGAGAAGUUCUGCUGUAAUGCCUGUGAUUGUGUUUUCAUUGCACAAGCGGUACAUUUUAGGAUUGACACAUUGCCAAACUCUGCCUUUAAUUGUCUUAAAUUGAGAAGCCAUCCAUCAAUAGCCAAGGUGUCCCAAAAAAACCCGCCUCAUCGUGACCUGUGGGAAUUCUGCCCUUUAGAAAUAUCACUUUGUUCACUAAAUCAUCGUGACAUCGUAGAUGUAAUAAGAAUGUACAAAUUAGACGGCAUAACGUAAGGCUUCAGAAUACAUUUGCACAUUGUUGUAAAAUAAUCUGCUAGCACUUUUUAAUCGUGUUAGGAUGAGUUUUCAUGUUGUUUAUUUGUUUUAUUUUACAAACUGUAAAAUAAAUCAGAGAUUUAUUUUGUGAAGGCUUUUAUUUUGCUUAUAUGCAUAUAUAUAUAUAUAUGAAUACCUAUUGAAUAUCUGUGUGUUCUAUUUGAAACGUUUGAAGCUGUAUGUACUACUUUUGAUAAAGAUUGAAGUAUG